GGUUACCACCAGGAUCCACAAUCGAAUACUUAGAACAUCAUGUUCAAGAAACCUUUAGGGAAUUUAAAGACUUCAGCACCCCUGCGUAACUCUGAUAGGCGCAAGCUGAAACAACACAUCAUCCAAGCCUUCUCUCUCGUUCCAGAUGUCGGCGAGGAACUUGUACCCGAAGGUCUGCUGUCAGUAAAGUUCAACACAUACACCGAUGAGCCAGGUGUGGCUUAUUUGGGACCUGGUGGAGACCCUUUGUGGUUCACGCUUGGUAUAGGCAGCGAGGACAUAAUUCCGACUGUAUACACCUUGUGGAAGAAGCCAGAUCUCAUUCCAUUUCUGUCUACACCAUCUGCGGUGAUUCCAGUCCUGAUUGGUGGUGCGGAUCUUAUGAUUCCUGGAGUCGUUCAGCAUCCACCAUCACUCCAAGCUGGACAACUUGUCAGCAUUACGGAAUAUAUUCACCAUUCAACGCAUAUUGGCCCCCCACUUGCUGUGGGGCAUAUGGCAGUGGAUAGUGACGUCUUAUCCGAGGCUGGUUCAAAGGGAAAGGCAGUGUUUGUCCUGCAUGCUUGGAAUGACCAUUUAUUCGAUAUGGGACACAAGGGAAACCCGCCGGAUCCAUGGGAGAUGAGCCAUUCAACGACAAAUGAUCAGCAUUCCACAGAAGACGAGGACGUCACAGAUAAUGAUGUGUUGAAAGAGCCAUUAGUCGAUGCACUGAGCUCUCACCUGGAGCAGACGCAGUUGGAUGAUCCUGCUCCUAAAAUAGAACUGACGAAAGAAGAUGUUUCGAGUAUUCUUCAUGACGCCCUUCUCCAGGCAAUGAGAACGACCCUAUCUGGCUCCCAGGCCUCCGCGCUUCCGAUGCCCGCUAGUACGUUUUACUCGGCUUAUAUCCUACCCUCGCGACCUGCCCAAUCACCAUCUCAGCCAUCCGUAUCUACACCUAUUGAUAUAAAGCACUCCACCCACAAGUCGCUUGCGUAUUUUCUCAAAUCAGCAGAGAAACAAGGCCUCUUGAAGCUUAAAGAGAUCAAAUCUGAGCUGAUGGUAUUUUCUGUAGCCACAUCACAUGCAGAUGUGGUCGCACACAGGCCAUAUUUAUCUUUAAAAGAUGUCGCUCUCAGGAAUGAGAAGCGUGGACAACGAGAAGAAGAGGAGCGGACACGGGUCAAGGAGCUUGAAGUAACAGAGCUUUGGAAACCACAUCUUCAAUCGCUAAAAUUCUUUGCUGAGGCCGGAUUUGAUACAUCUACUCGAUACACAUAUGCGGAUAUCAAGACCGUACUCGAUAAGUACGUUGCCGAUCGACAAUUGGUGAACGCGCAUGACCAAUCAUAUAUCAAUGUUGGGGCGGACGAGCUUCUACAGACGACCCUCUGCAAGUCUGACAAUCCAACGAACAUGGAGUUUUUCAAACGCGAGCAACUGAUCGAGCGCCUGUCAGACAAGAUGCAGAGUUGGUACAAGAUAUGCGCCGAGGGUAAGGAUCCUGUGCUCAAGAAGGGGCAGAUCAAACCAAUAUCGGUGGUAGUUAAAGUCAGGCAAGGUCGUAAAGCGACAACGCUAAUUACAGGUUUUGAGCCAUUUUUGUUGGAGGCGACUGCUCUUGCAGAGGAGCUGAAGAUGAGAUGCGCCUCCUCAACUUCAGUUUCUCCGGCACCAGGGAAGUCGUCAGGCAUGUUAGUACUCGUGCAAGGAAAACAGGUCAAGGAGGUCACAGAAUUCCUUACUUCGCAAGGUGUACCAAAGCGAUGGGUGCACACCGAGGGCGGGGGAAAGAAAUAGAUGGGUGCUGGUUAAGUCCAUUAGUCGGGACUCGGGAGUAUGUGUUUGACAAUGAAGGCGUGUAUAUGUUACAAUUAAAAGUGAGAUCAGUAUUGAAUUGAAUAUUCACUCCUACGCGUCUUUCUCUCUC